GCUCUGUAGCGCCGCCGGUGCUUUCAGGAACGUCUCGGUGCACGGAGGUCAUCAGGGUGUUGUAGUCUAAGACCACAUAACAUAGGUCGCUGUAAGCCAGUGUCUAACGAAUGUGUGCAUUACGACGAAUGAGCCCUCGCAAUUAAAAAGAAAACAGCAUGCUGUCAUCAUCUGUGUGGAUACUCUUCCUUCUUUCGGGUGGCUUCCAAUGCGUAUUUGGAACGCAGCCCGAAGAAAAUACUGCUGGAAGUGAGUCGCAGGUUUCGGCUAGUCAACCAGAGGAAAGUUCAACAGAUACUGGACCUCUGUUCCUCACACCAUACAUUGACAACUGCACUUACUACGAAGCAAGAAACAAGAGCAAAGUACCCUACUUUCAAAAGAUAGGAGUCACUGCUCACUCUGGUUACAUAACUGUGAACAAAACUACACAAAGCAAUCUCUUCUUCCUUCUGACUGAAGUAGAGGGCAAUUCGUCUUCUGCACCACUACUCCUGUGGACACAAGGUGGCCCUGGCCUGUCAGCACUAUUUGGUCUAUUUCUCGAGAACGGCCCUUUCGUCUUUGAUAUAUACACAAAUGGCUCGCCAAAUAUAUAUCCCAGGGAGAAGACCUUACAGAAGAACAUGAGCGUCCUCUACGUGGAUCUUCCUGUGGGGGCUGGCUUCAGCUUCACAAAUGAAACACACGGGUACCCAACGAAACUUGAGGACAUAGUGGGACACGUCCAGGAAUUCUUGACACAAUUCUUGAAGGUAUUCAGUGAAUAUGAAAACCGGGAGAUCUACCUGGCCGGAGAGUCAUAUGGAGCAAGGUAUUCUGUUGCUAUCGCCUACUACUGGAAUCUCACCGGUAUGCAGAACUUGAAGCUAAACCUCAAGGGUGUGAUCGGAGGCAAUGGAUUUCUCGGCCCGGUACUUGAUGUAGCCGACUCCACCGAAUUCCUCUACUCCAUGUCGAUGCUCAAUGCAAGUGGGCGCACAAGAUUUGGAGGACAGUUUGAAAUGAUGAGACAGCUGCAAGCGUCUCAAAAUACUACAUUAAAGAUGUACGCGCUGAAGCUGCUCUUCGAGACAAUAUUUACGAACGAUGAAACGCCUACACUAUUUCAGAAUCUCACGCUUUACAAUGAUCACGCAAGCCCCAUGUUCACUCGGAGGCCACUUCAAAUGUUAUACUGCUUUGGAUUUUUAAAUGACAGCACCACCAAGGUAGCCCUACAUGCUGGAAUGAACACCAAUUUUCAGAUCAACAAUCCCUUUCUGCUACUCAGCUUUGCUACCGAUUGGUUGAGAGAUAUUAGCGCGUUCAACGAACGUGUGCUGAAUGAAUCUAGAGUCCUUUUCUACACUGGACAAAUGGACGCACUUUUCCCAUCUGUAAACCAGAGAAAUUAUUUUCGAAGCUUGAACUGGACUUACGCAGAUGACUACAGAAAUGCCACACGUUGCCCUUGGAAGCCGCACGACUAUUACUACGGUUUUGCUGGCUAUAUCAAGACAGCGCAUGAAUUCACGGAAGCUGUGAUAUUAGGGAUGAGUCACUAUGGGGCCGCCGAGAAACCUGACGAGGCAUACUACCUGAUAACUGAAUUUAUUGCUAAUUCAACGAAAGGUCCGACUGCUCCAGCGCCAGCUUCAAACGGCGUGAUGGAGGGCACAUCAAAGUAAUCAAAGGACAGAGCGCUGUAAUAGUUUCUGGACAUCAAACAGCAUAAGUAAUUUGUGUGCUUCAAUAAAAUGUUGCUGCUGUCCUUC